CGAUAUAUUUGGCACUUAGUCAGACAAAUAGCAGUUUGCAUCUGCCAUUUACAGACACACCUCCAGACGACUGUGUUCCUGAGUCAGACUGGGUUGUAUUGCAAAACUAGCAGCAUCCAUUCCACCCUAGCAGUGCAAUAGGCGCAUGGUUUUCUUUUCUACGAACUGACCAUCUUCGAAUGUUCCAUGAAUAUUGAGUGAAACUGACGAGGACCCGUUGUGACGUCAAUAGUCGGCCAUUUUUCUUCCAUCUUUCAACAGGGCAGUCACCAGAAACGCCAACCAUGAUGAAGCUGUUUCUCGUGCUGGCCACGGCCGUGACCCUCAGUGUAGCCGAGUUCUCCCUCGACCGUUCUUAUGACACCCUUGUCGACCUGGCCCGCCUCUACCGCAUGCAGAACCUCAACAACUUCGACGAUUACACUGGGGACGAUAUUGACAGCCGCAGCGGUGACUGGGCCGCCCCUUACGGGGACGCAAUGUACAAGGACCCCCAGUUUGGGGGCACGCAUCUCCGUGACCAGGAACACAUUGAACAGAGCUCUCUGUUUGGAUCUCAGUCUAUAACAGGUGGCGCAGCUGGAGGUAAAGCCAAGACGGACAAACCUCUCCCAGCCUACUGCAACCCACCUAACCCCUGCCCCAUCGGAUACAAUGCCAGAGACAACAACUGCGUGGAGCACUUCAACAACACCGCUGAUUACAACCGUGAGCUGAUGGCGAAGCAGGACUGCCCGUGUGACACAGAGCACAUGUUCGCCUGUCCCGAGGGUCGGGGCACCGUCAGCAGCAAAUCCCAGGGUGACAGCGCCGCAAUCAAGCAGGUCAUGGCCGAACUCAACACACUCGGAGCCUCUGAUUUAAACUCCUUCAUGCCUGAUGAGUCCAAGAGAGAGUCACUCGUGGCCAAGAAGUCGCCCGAGCUCAGCCGGAAUAAAAGAUCGGCUGGGGAGUCUCUUCCAAACCCAUAUUUCCAUGGCCAGAAAAUGAGAGUUGUUGCCAAAAAGUCGCCUGUCAUUAAGUACAAGCACCAGUAGAAAAGGAAGCACAACUUGCUCAGUCUUAGUGCUGACUUCCGGUCCUGCGCAACAGCUCUUCUGACCUCAAUGGAUGCCAUUUUAUGUUUACAUUUAUUAAUUAACACAGACCGGUUAGACGCAAGUGAAUCAGGCUUAUGGCAACAGUAUUAUAUGUUAAAAAUGCCAACACGGCCAGUGAUGAAUAAAAUCAUCAGCAGGUGUUAUACCUUGUCAGAGUAGUUAUCUCCCUUAGUACAUUUGCUGAUGUAAUCUAAUACUAGGGAGCACCACAUUAUCUAAAUUAAAAUGUAAAUAUCCAGUAACAAACAAGUAGGAUACUGUCCAAAAAAUGAGGAUACACCAUCUGUAUGGCUAUUAAAGAACAGUAUCACAACAAAAGGUCAGCUUUUAGUAGAAUUAAAAAGCUGGAAUCGUGUAUCCAUCUAUUUAACAGUUAUUGAACAACGUCCCAACAUUAUCUAUGAAUCUGUGUAGCUAUUCGGGUGAAUCUGAAUAUGUUCCAAACGUUUAUAGGACUCUUGUGUAGUAUACCAGUCAUCAAUCAUUUGAACACAAUGCAAAUUCAAUUCAAUUACCUUGAAAGAAAUACAACAUUAUGGCAAAGGGAUUUAGAUUGAAAACCUACCACUUAUUCAUGGUAUUCUCCAUUGUUUUUUGGGUUUUUUUAUGUUAAAAUCCUUACAAACUCGAUAUCUAUGUUAUCGGUUAUUAUCUCCUUCUUUGGUCACGUGAUGAAGGCUGGGCCAUGUGCAAUAUUAAACUUAUUACCCUACAAGCUGUGAUUCGUGUUUGUCAAAGUGAAAUUCAUGUUGUUUGUAUCUUUCAAUACUGAAUUUAAGUUGUGUUCUUUAUCAAUCAAAUUUUAGGAAAAAAACUCGCAUUGUUUGUGAAUUACAUUUAUUAACAACCCCAACCCAUGUGAUAAACUUUAUAUUUAAAAUAUGCAAAUUAUUUAUCCCGUUUUUUAGAACAACGUUAUCGUUGCGUUACAUACUGCAAGAACUCUAACCCUUUUACUUAAAUUUUAAGUAUUAUAUUAUUGACGUUUUGUUGUUGAUGAGGCAGGAAGAAACAACAUAUCUGCUGUUGUUAUGUCGAUGAUGUAUUGUUUAGUGAGUGCUUUAAUGCAGGUUCAAUGCUUCGAGCACAAAUCAAACGCCUACCCGCUCUGCACACUGUGUUUUGGUUAUAUUCACGAUCUUGCAUAGAUUAUGUUUUAUUCAUGAUCUUUCAUAAACAACGUUGUAUUCAUUACCUAACACAAACUAAGCUAAAUUCAUGAUCUAUCAUCAACAUCGUUGAAUUCAUGAUCUGACAUAAACAUUAUAUUAUUCAUGAUUAGUAUCAACCAGUGUGAACCGUCAGAACCUCCAAAAUGUUCAUCCAAAUACCACAGCCCUCCUGGACCUAAAACAGGUUGAGCCACAAAUCACUGGACAAUCCAACAAGUGUUUAUUUCUUGUCAUUGAACGCUCAGCAUGGAGCACUUUUGUCCCCACAGGCAUUCCGUAUUUUCUUUCUUCCAGAUUUUGAUUCCUUCAUGCUAUUUGUUCUUAAACCUCACGUGCGGCACAAAUACUUAAACUUGUAACAUAAUCCCACCUGUCAACAAGAUCUCAUUGUGUAACAUAGCGAUAUUUGUCAAUUUGUUGUUGAAAAUAAAGUAUUUUCCCCAAAAA